UGUUCCCAUUCCAGAGAAGUGCCUCUGAGCUCGUUGUUCUCAUCUAUGGUUUGGAGAGUUUAAAUGCCGUGAGGUUUUUUUGUGUCGGUGAAUGUGAAAAUGCACCUAGGAAGAAGUUUACAACCAGGAGGCAUAUGAGAAUUUCAGAUGCGUGGAGCAAUACCAUGGAAUGAUCAGGAGGAUCUGUGCUUUUAAGGAGUUUUAAGUAUCAGUGAGGAGGAAGACAUUCAAACAGAAGGUUAAAAGCAAAUGCAAAAGGAAAACAACUUUAUUUUGAUCCUGAAAUUAUUCUGACAACAUCAUGAGGAAAGGAUUAUAUCAGCACCAAACAGUGGAGAAUCAAUCACUUAUUUUCUUUUGAAAUAAUCCCUGUGCAAGAAAUGUAAAUACUAUCUCUUGUGAAAAGAAGAAUUCAUUGUUCAAAUACAUUUUGAAACCCUGUGAAAUGCUGUGGGACUACUGCAUCUUUGCAAUGGUGUAUAGUGUAUCUGUAUUGAAGAUAUUUAUAUGAAGAAAAGUCUGCACAAAAAGUUUACGAGAUGCUGGAAUUGGAUUUAUUCUUGUCAUAGAUCGCAGACAGGACAAAUGGACCUCGGUGAAAGCUUCCAUACUGCGGAUAGCAGCAUCUUUUCCAGGAAACCUGCAAUUAGUCCUCGUUCUGCGCCCAACAGGAUUUUUCCAUCGAGCUCUCUCGGACAUUGCUUUCAGAUUCAACAAAGAUGAGCUUAAAAUGAAAGUACCUAUCAUAAUGCUGGGCUCAGUGUCAGAACUGCAGGGUUACAUUGAUAAGACACAAUUAACAGAAGAUCUUGGUGGCACCCUGGAUUACUGCCACAACAGAUGGCUGUCCCGUCGUACUGCUAUAGAAGGUUUCGCCCAAAAGGUUAAGCAAACAGCUCAGAUUCUUCAGUCCUUUGGGACUGAGCUGGCCGAAACAGAACUACCAAAUGAUGUGCAAUCAACCAGCUCCCUUCUUGCAACACACACAGAAAAGAAGGACAAAAUGAAGGAGGAUAUCAGGGUAGCAGUAGAACAGGGAGAUGAUAUCCUUGGCAGUAUUACAAAACCAGUUACUGAGAAUCCUGAAUACAAACUGAAUCAAGAUCAGCUAGACAAUCAAACAACCGUAGAAAGGCUACUGGCUCAAUUACAUGAAACAGAGACUGCCUUUGAUGAGUUUUGGAUUAAGCAUCAGCAAAAACUAGAGCAGUGUCUGCGCCUUCGGAAUUUUGAACACGAUUUCAGAGAGGUCAAAGCAGCUUUGGAUAUUGUGUCCGAGAGACUGUCUGCUUUCACAGAUGUGGGAAACAGCCGUUCACAUGUGGAGCAUAUUUUGAAAGAUCUUGCCAGCUUUGAAGAAAAAUCACAUGAAACUGUAGCAAAAGCCAGAAUGUUAGCCUCAGAGCGUGAUGCUUUUAUUCAAAGCAAUCAUUAUGCUGUGGACUCCAUUAUUCCAAAAUGCAGUGAACUUCAUCAUCUCUGUGAUGCUUUGACUACUGAGACAGAACGGAGGAGAAAUCUUCUUAACAAAUCCCUGGAACUGCAUGACUUACUAGAGAAGUCCAUGAAGUGGUGUGAUGAAGGAAUUUACCUGCUGGCUUCCCAGCCAGUAGAUAAGUGUCAGUCUCAGGAUGGUGCAGAAUCAGCAUUACAGGAGAUUGAAAAAUUCCUGGAUACUGGUGCUGGCAAUAAAAUCAAGGAGUUGAAUAAAAUUUACAGAGAGUAUGCACAUAUCCUCAGUGAAGACCUAAAGGAGCAUGUGCAAAAGGUUUUCCAGAAGCAAGAAAGCAUGGAAGAAAUGUUUCAAAAGCGACAAGUAAGUCUUAAGAAGCUGGCAGCUAAGCAGACACGUCCUGUUCAGCCAGUUGCUCCAAGACCUGAAGCAUUUGUAAAAUCUCCUUGUACCUCUCCAGGUCUUCAAAGAGAAAACGCGUCCAGCUCAGAAAGCAGCGCGCUUCGGAGGGGAAACUACAGAAAAGGAAAGAGUGAAAUGACUGAAUUCCAUCAAAGCAGAGGAGGCUCUACAAUGGAUGAUGAAGAAAACCUAGCUGUGUUAAGGCAGCAUGUAAUGAAUGAACUUAUCGAGACUGAACGAGCGUAUGUGGAAGAACUUCUCUGUGUUCUUGAGGGUUAUGCUGCAGAGAUGGACAACCCCUUAAUGGCUCAUCUCAUUUCACCAGAAUUGCAAAAUAAGAAAGAUAUCUUGUUUGGAAAUAUGGAAGAAAUUUAUCACUUUCACAACAGAAUAUUCUUGAGAGAACUAGAAACCUAUGUAGAAUACCCAGAACUAGUAGGACGGUGCUUUCUGGAUCAGAUGGAAGACUUCCAGAUUUAUGAAAAAUACUGUCAAAAUAAACCUCGAUCUGAAAGUUUGUGGAGGCAGUUUUCAGAUUCUGUAUUCUUCCAGGAAUGUCAAAGGAAACUCGACCACAAGCUCAGUUUGGACUCAUACUUGCUGAAACCCGUUCAAAGAAUAACCAAAUACCAAUUAUUGCUAAAAGAAAUGCUGAAGUACAGUAAGAACUGUGAAGGUGCUGAAGAUCUUCAGGAAGCACUAACUUCUAUACUGGGCAUUCUUAAAGCAGUUAAUGACUCUAUGCACCAGAUAGCCAUUACAGGCUAUGAUGGAAACCUGAAUGAGCUGGGCAAGCUUUUAAUGCAGGGAUCCUUCAAUGUUUGGACAGAUCAUAAAAAGGGUCACGCAAAGGUGAAAGAUUUGGCACGCUUCAAGCCAAUGCAGCGACACCUCUUCCUCCAUGAGAAAGCAGUGCUGUUCUGUAAAAAGCGGGAAGAAAAUGGAGAGGGAUAUGAGAAAGCACCUUCUUAUAGCUACAAACAUUCCUUAAAUAUGGCUGCAGUUGGAAUAACAGAAAAUGUCAAAGGUGAUGCAAAAAAAUUUGAAAUCUGGUAUAAUGCAAGGGAAGAAGUUUACAUUAUACAGGCACCAACCCCUGAAGUCAAAGCUACUUGGGUAAAUGAAAUAAGAAAAGUGCUGACAAGUCAACUGCAGGCAUGCAGAGAAGCUAGUCAGCACAGAACACUAGAACAAACACAGAGCUUACCUCUACCACUACCAGCAUCAUCUUGUGCAAGUCCUUCACGAAACCACAUCAGAAAUACCAAAAAAACGGAGGAGAAAAAAGCUGAUCUCUCAAGUCUAGAAGGCUGUGGCACUACAGUAGCACCAAAGUACCCCGAGAAAGGCAAAGAAACUCCAUCUCCUUCUGCUAAAAGCCAGACAUUGCCAAUGAUCCUUCUUACAGGACCAGCUUCUCCUACCAGUCCUGACAAAAAAGCCAAACGGCACGAAGUAGUGAGUGACCCAACUCCUUUUGGUUCAAGAGGCUGGGCCAAACCAUCGCAUUCUCUCGAUGCAUCCGAAGAAAAUGACGGCUGGUCUAGUGCUGAGGAACCGCUGAAUUCAUCGGAUGCGGAGGAAGAAGGAGGAGGAGGAGGGGGAGGCGAGAUGAAGCUGACUCCUGGUAAAUAUACAGUUGUGACUGAUUAUGACAAAGGAGUUUCUGAAGAAUUUACAGUGAAAAGUGGAGAUCUAGUUCAACUGAUUCGUGAAGGGGAGGAUGGACUUUGGUUUGUAAAGAACCUGAGCAGUGGUAGAGAAGGUUGGAUUCCAGCAAACAAUCUGCUGAUGCUCAUAGGCAACUCAAAAUCAGCUCAAUCUUUAAGCAGCUCUGAAUCAGGCACUGCCUCCAGCAAUUUGAGCACAUCAUCAAGUUGCAGUGAUAGCUGCAAUGUCAGUAGCACCAGCUUCUCUGACAUUAAGGGCUAAUAUGAGAUGUUCAUCCCACCUCCCUGGAAGGAAAUCUGGAGAUUGUCAUUUGCUGCAGAGUUCUGGACAUUGGACUUUAUUGGAGAACCACCAGUGCUGUGUUGCCAGCUCUGAGUAUUUCUAGUGGUGACUUUUACAGGUUCUCUCAGAAGAUCCCAAUGAGAAGUGCAUGGAAUGUGAAGCUGUAAAUAAAAGUUAAAUGAUUUGAAAUAGGAUUUUGUAGAGGUUUCUGCUCUGAAGAGCUGUUAGCAGAAAGGCUGUUUUCUCCUUGACACACAAUCAGAUUUCUGCAGGACUGUAUCUUUUUGUAACAGCCAGAAUCUGAAUGUGAGCAAACAAAAUGUGUUCAAUGCUAAAAGCUCAUUGUAAACAAAUGACACAGCAAUCACUGUACAGGACAGGUAUGAGGAAAAUCCAAGUUUACAAUUUCUUCUCCCCAAGAAACCCUUUCUCCAAGGACAUACCUCGGUCAGUGAAAUGAAUGGGACACUUACGGCAACAAGGAAGGAGGUUUGGUCCACCCUUUUCUCUUGGGUUUUCUGGAUAUUCUUCUGCUUCCUAGAGUCUGGGGUGCAGACAUGACCAAUUCACUGACCACAACGACAUCAAGAGAAACUAUUACUUCAUCCUUUCCAACAUUUUAGUGACAUGUGCAAUGGAAUAGCUCUUUUCUGAGGUAUUUUGUUUGGCCUCACAACCAAAUUCUUUACCAAGAUCACUGUGUUUACAUAGCCUUGGCAAUUUAGUAGUAUCCUUUUCCUUAUGCAGGUGCACAACGAAACACAAAUGUUAUUUUUCACUUUUUUUUUUUUUUAAAUGAACAGUAAUUGCAUGGUUACUUUCAGCUCUCACAACAUAGUUACAGGCAGAGGAAACUUCACUAUGGGUCAAGAGCCUUCCUUCAAACAGGCCUGUGAGGGCUGGAAAGCCAACAUAUUUUUAGUCCACAGUGUUUCAGAUUAAUUCAAAGAGGAAAAAAACCCCAGUGACAUAAUUUUUCUAUAAAAGGGGAACACAGGAGGAAAAGAAAAUCACAGAGAAGAGUCAGAUUUGUUCUACAGAUAAGUAUUUUAAUUUUUUUUAAAGGAAGAGUGAUUCUAAAUUUGCCAUUUUCAGGGUAUGAUGUAAGCCAAUGUUGUAAAUUUUCACUUUGUCAGACGUUCUUCUCACACCAUCCUUACAAACAGUACAAAAUUAAGUGCAUGUAUUGAAUACUGUAUUCAUUCCUGUCCAUCUCUCAAAUAUUUUUGCUUAAAUGAAAAGAGGUUUUUAACUGAUUCCUACACCACAUUAUUUAAAACUAAUGGGGACAUGAAGAGCAUAACUUUUCAGAAGCACUAAGCACAGCAGAUGAUGUCAAUGGGAACUGCUGUUACUCAUUAGACUCACUGACGGCUGAGCCCUGAAUUCUGUCUUUAUGCCAUAUCAGAAUUUUGUGGUUUAGAGGCUGCAGAUUAGAAAACUUAAAUGACAAACACUCCUAAGAAUGAUGCAGAAGAACCCUACCCCAGAUGCAAUCAAAAUGCAGCUGACCAUGGUCAGCACAAAUUGAAGCACAUGUAUACACACACAUAUAUUUAUGCACAUAUAUGUGUGCAUGUAUAUGCUUGUGUGUAUAUAUCUGCGUGUGUAGAUAUGUAUAUAUGUGUAGAUAUGAUGUAUCAAUGUAAAAGAUGUAUUUAUAGUCCUCAUGCUGCUGAAUGUGUCACUUUACAAUUCAUAAAUAAUUAGUUUUCUUGCAGUACUGCAAUAUAAAUGCUGAUCAUGGUUUUACUUCAGGCAUCUUUUUCAACAUGGAAAUCCUCUGAUUUUUUUUUUUUUUUUUUUUUAAUUAUUCCAUAUAAUACUGUGCUGACCAGGAAUAUUUAGUCUGCUAUUUAACAAUGGAAUAGCAACAGGAGAUUCAGCUUAUCUUAUGCUCAUCUAUGUAAGUUAUUUUGUAAAUUAUCUGUAACAUAAUUUACUUAUAUAUUGCUGUCAUUGCUUGGAUGAGACUGUUGUUUCAUUUCUCACUGUAGCCUCAUUUGUGUUAUUUCAAUGUUUUUUCCACAUCAUUGCACUUUAAUACAACCCAUUUCAUAAUUUCCUUUUUUACUGCUGUUGUGAAUUAGAAGUUCAAAGUCAGAGAUCUCUGCUGUAAUUAAUUUGAAUAAAUUUCAGCGCUUCUUGCUGAAAGCCUUUA